AUGAAAGACAGUUUUGAAAUAUCGUUAUUGAUCGGAGCUGACCAGUACUGGAAUAUCGUAGGAAACGAAACGAUUCGAGGAGAUGGUCCUACAGCACUUAGUUCUAGUAUUGGAUACUUACUGUCUGGUCCAGUUCAAGCGCAUGGACCAAGGAAUCAGAGUUAUUUAGUUAUGAAUGUAAUGAGUACAGAUAUUGACAGAUUUUGGAAACUUGAGUCCCUAGGAAUAAACCCCGAAGAAGACGAUUAUACUGACACAUUAGAGAUAUACAAACAAAACUGUGUAAAGUUUACAGACGGUAAAUAUGAAGCCAAACUCCCAUGGAAAGAGGAUCACGCCACUCUCCCGACAAAUUACGACGUGACAAAAAGAAGAACAGAAUCUUUGAUUAAACGCCUCCGCCGAGACCCACGUAUCUUACAGAAAUACGCAGAAAUAAUACAUGAACAAGAACAGCGAGGUUUCAUAGAAAAGGUUGACGAGAACGAGAAAAUAUCGACCCAAGUGCAUUAUAUACCCCAUCAUGCAGUCAAGAAAGAAUUCAACUACGACUCCAAUUCGUAUUGUGUACGACUGCAGUUGCCGUGA